GAUGGGAGGGUUCUCUGUCAUCAUUUAUGACUGGGACUGACUAUUGAGAGAGCUUGACAAGGAGUGUGUGUUGAUUUGUGUAAGCAGAUCUGUGUGUAAGGAUCAGCAUGAUGCAGUGGUGGGCUUUAUUUGCUGUUGUUUACCUGUCCAACCGCCGGGCAGCAUCUCAGCACCACAGGAAAGCUCUGUUUCCAUCUGCGUUCAGGAUAAGGCGUGGGACAUAUUCACUGAUCAACCCCACAUUCCAGCACUCGCAAGAGGACGUCAGUCUGCUUUUUGAGAUGCUGCUGGCUGGAAUGCAGAUCCGAGGUGAGGAGGACACCCUGUUGAUCCCAGACGAAGAGCUGGCCUCCCUGAGCAGCGUCAAAAAGCUGGAAGUCAUCUGUGACGACGUCCUACCCAAGAAACUCUCCGAUAUCCGCCGUCUGACAGCUGACCUCGCCCGGUGGCGGCGUCCUCUCAGCUGGCAGGACUUUGAGAGAACAGUGCUGACUCUGGUUUACACCGCUCAGACGCUGGCUGAAACCAGCAACCAGCAGCAGAGAGAGAUGUGGACGGACAGCCUGGUGCAGCUGUUCCGAGCUGUUCAACGAGAGCUCACACCUUCCUGACCUUCAUACUCAUUCAUCUCCAAAGUUUUGCUACCAUCUUGGCUUUUGCUUCAUGCUCAGGGCUGGCCCAAAGCCUCCAUGGGGUCCUAAGCAGGCGCUUAGUUUGCUUAUGCCUCAGGCCGGCUCUGUUCUCACCAGUUUCAUGCCUGAACUAUAAACUAACUGUAAGUGUAUGUGCUGUAUUUGUUACUGUUAUGACGCCUGCAGCUGCUUCACAGGAUGUGUUUCACAAAAACAUCUCGAGUCGAGGUCAAUAUUUACUUUUUUUAAAAAGUUUUCAAACUUAUUUUGAGCUUUUUCUGAGCAAAAAGGUGAAUCCAAACUUAAACCACAACGUUCUCCAUCAGCUGCUGCAGUCAAGGUUAAGAAUGCAGCUGAAAGCCGAGGAGCUCUACGCUGCAGCACAACGUGCAGCUGCAGACGCCGCACUCGUCUUUUCUGUCAUUUUCUCUACCUGAAACUUCAUCUUUUACUUUUUUCUUUCCUUUUUUUCGUUCACCUCUUCUAACAUUCUUUAUGUAAGCAGUUAUUUCAUCCUGCUCCUUUUUGAGAUGGAUAAUCUCUUUUUUUCUUAAAUUUAAUUUCUUUCAU